CUGGACAGUGACUCUACUGCUAAGUUUGGUCCAUUUGCUUUCAGUGGACACGGCAUCUAUCUCUCUCUUCCAACAUUUUCUUUUUAAUUAACAAAUCCAAAGAUCAUAGAACUAGAAGAAAAGGUAAAAGCUUUAGCCUUUAACAAUGAAGAAGAAGAAGGGAAAACAAAAGAAUCUAUGCUUGCAAACCAACUGUUUGUUCUAAUGCCAAAGUGAAAAGGACCCACAACUGAAAAACAGACAAAACAAACAACAACACAAUGCAAUUCUCCUCUUUCACUUUCCUCCUCCUUCUCUAUCCCUUAUUAAAUAAUUCUAAAAGUUGUUGAAGUAAACACUCUUUACAAUUUUUUAUUAACUUUUAACAUCCCAACCAUUUCCUUACACAUAGCCACAACCUUGCUUGCUUACUUAUAUAUUUGUACAGAGUUCUAUAUGCUCGCCGGCGAUGCCCACGCCGGUCAGCGUUGCAAGACAAUGCUUAACAGACGAGGCGGCGCGUGCUCUUGAUGAUGCUGUUGCUGUGGCGCGUCGUCGUAGCCAUGCUCAAACUACAUCUCUCCAUGCUGUCUCUGCUUUACUUGCUUUGCCUUCUUCUAUUCUCCGUGAUGCUUGUGCGCGCGCUAGAAAUAGUCCGUGUUCUUCCCGCCUUCAGUUUCGCGCGCUUGAGCUCUGUGUUGGAGUUUCUCUUGAUCGGUUGUCUUCGUCGAAAACCUUGGAGGAGCCUCCUAUUUCGAAUUCUCUCAUGGCGGCGAUUAAACGGUCUCAGGCGAAUCAGCGGAGACAUCCUGAUAACUUUCACUUGCAGCAAAUACACUGUAAUCAACAACCGCCGUCGGUUUUGAAGGUUGAGCUUAAGUACUUCAUUUUGUCCAUUUUGGAUGAUCCGAUUGUCAGUCGGGUACUCGGUGAGGCUGGGUUUAGGAGUUGUGAUAUUAAGUUGGCCAUUAUUCACCCGCCGGUGACGCCGCAAGCGGCGAAAUUCUCGCGGACAAGGUAUCCGCCGCUUUUCCUGUAUAAUUUGACAGGUUCGGAUCCAGUUCAACCCGGUUUGAGCUUUCCCUUUAGUGGACGAGAAGAUGUGGAUGAGGAUUGUAGGAGAGUCAGUGAGGCCUUAAUGAAAAGAAAUGGAAGAGGAAAAAACUUGUUGCUUCUUGGUGUCUGUGCUGGUGAUGCUUUGAAUAGAUUUAUCGAAUGUGUAAAUAUGGAUAAAGAAAAAAUUUUGCCUAGUGAGAUUUCAGGGCUAAGAGUGAUUUCUAUAGAAAAAGAGAUUGUUGAGUUUGUCAGUGAAGGAGGGAAAGAAAGAGAAAAGAUGGGGUUAAAGUUUGAGGAACUGCGAAAUGAACUAGACCAAUGUUCAGGUCCGGGUGUUUUGUUGAAUGUUGGAGAAUUAAAGGGUUUGGUUAAUAAAAGUGAUUCCAUUGAUGAUGCUUUGAGUUAUUUGGUUUCGAAGCUAACAGGUUUGGUAGAGGGUUUUAGAGAUAAGUUGUGGUUGAUGGGAGCUGCAGCUAAACAUGAAACUUAUUCCAAGUUGUUGGGGCAAUUUCCAGCUAUAGAAAAGGAUUGGGAUCUUCAUAUUCUACCAAUCACUUCUUCUAAAAGUCCUUUUGAUUGUUUUGGCUCCAAAUCUAGCUUAAUGGGGUCUUUUGUUCCAUUUGGUGGGUUUUUCUCGACACCAUCAGAUUUCAGAAAUCCAUCCAUCAACAUAAAUCAAUCCAUCACUCGAUGUCACCUUUGCACUGCAAAGUACGAGCAAGAAGUUGCUGAAAUGUUGAAGAUGGGGUCGAAAAUUUCAGUUGCAGAUCAGCACUCAGAGAACUUACCUUCUUGGUUACAGAUGGCUCAUCUUGAUACAGGCAAGGGAUUUGAUGCAGCUAAGACCAAAAAUGAUGGAACAACAUUGAAUGAGAAAAUUUUGGGGCUGCAAAAGAAAUGGAAUGGCAUCUGCCAACAGCUUCAUCACGCUCAGCCGUUCUCCAAUUUUGAUAUUUCUCAGAGCAGGCCCCAGGCAUCAAUGGCAGAGGGCUUUCCUUAUGUUGCAGAUAGGAAGGAGAGGAGCAGCAGCAGCAGCAGCUGCAGCAGAGAUUCAUCACUUAAUGAGAAUCAAUAUGCAAAUCUAGGCCUUGGCAUUCAUAUGGACUUGCAAAAUUUCUUUCCAUCAAAAUAUAACAUACCAUUACCCGUAGCUUCUGAAGCUGAGAAUGUUAAUUACCGACUUAAGCUACUCAAAGAAGCGUCAAAAAGUCAGCAGAAAGAAAAAGAUGGCCCUUUGUUUACCCCCUUGACUCUGCCCUAUAUAAAUCUACCCACUGAUCACCCGUCAUCUUUAUCUGUCACUUCUGUGACCACGGAUUUGGGGUUAGGAACACUCUAUGCAUCAAGUUCUCAAAAACCAAACAAGUCAAAAUUAAGCGAUUAUAAAGAGCAUUUUCAGCACCUUACAGGUUUUAAUUCUUCUGGGUUUGGAGCUAGUGAGAGUACACAUAAAAUCAAACUAUCUUCUUCAUGUUCUAAUCCUUCUGUUGGAGGCCAUUUGGAUUUAAGAGAUUACAAAUCAAUCAGAGAAGCUCUUCUUAAAAGAGUUGGGUGGCAAGAAGAAGCCAUAAGUGCUAUUAGUCAAGCCAUAUGUCAAUGUAAGGCAGGAUAUGGAAGAAAUCAUGGCUCAAUUGCAAGAGGAGAUAUUUGGCUUUCUUUCCUUGGGCCUGACAAAGUUGGAAAGAGAAGAAUUGCUUCAAUACUUGCUGAAAUAGUGUUUGGUAGCCAUGAAAACUUAAUACCCGUGGAUUUGAGCUUCCAUGAUGGGGGUAGGCCAUCAGAGACUGUAUUUGGAUGCCAAGAAUUAAAUGAUUAUGAUGCCAAAUUUAGGGGGAAGACAGUAGUUGAUUAUAUUGCAAUGGAGUUGAGCAAGAAACCUCAUUCAGUAGUCCUCCUUGAAAAUGUCGAUAAGGCUGAUUUUCUGGUCCAGACUAGUUUAUCCAAGGCUGUAAGGACAGGUAAAUUUCCAAAUUCACUGGGGAGAGAAAUCAGUAUCAAUAAUAUGAUUUUUGUGACUACAUCAACCAUUGUGAAGGAUAAUGUAAAUCUUUCGUCACUGAAGGAACAUAUUAAGUUAUCUGAGGAAAGCAUCAUUGGAGCUAAGAGCUGGCAAAUGCAAAUAUUAAUUGAACAUGUCACUGAGGGUGCCAGCAAAAGAAAUGAAAUGAGCGUGAAGGUUUCAAGAAAAGCGACCACCAUUGCAUCAUUGGUUAACAAAAGAAAGCUGGACAGAAUCACCAGCUCCACAGAGCAGGAAUUUAAUUAUGAGGCUAGAAAACGGGCAAGUAAAGUGUGGGGUUCUUCUCUGGACUUGAAUCUCCCUGUAGAGGGGAUGGAAGAGAACACUGAUUCUGGUAUUUGUGACAGCGACUCUAUCUCUGAAAACUCAGAAGCUUGGUUGGAAGAUUUCUUUGAUCAAAUAGAUGAAAAGGUAUUAUUCAAGCCAUUUGAUUUUGAUGCUCUUGCUGAAAAAAUAGUGAGCGAAAUCAACAUACAAUUUCAGAAGGUAUUUGGGUUGGAGAUGUUGCUGGAGAUUGAUGAUGAAGCAAUGCUACAAAUGCUCGCAGCUUCUUGGUCAUCGGACGUGAACAGAGCGAUGGAGGACUGGGUUGAAAGAGUCCUUGGCAGAGGGUUCGUUGAAGCCCGGCAGAAAUACCAUGUUACUGUUCCAUAUGUUGUAAAAUUAGUUACUUGUAAAGGCGUUUCGGUGGAAGAGCGAGCUCCUGGAAUAUGCCUGCCUGCAAGAAUUAAUCUGUAAACUGAUUCUAUCUCUCGCUAAUGUUUCUUGUAAUGUAGCUUUUAGCAUAUAGGUUUAGUAUCUAAAAAUUGUCAUUUUGGUUAAUCAAUGCCAUAAAUUUUGGGGUAAUAUAUUUCUCUGUUGUAUUGAUUGUAAGUAUUUUAUGAAAGAAGUAAAAUAAAAAAGAAAGGAGGGAAAACGACUAAUUCUUUUCCGAUUCA